AUGGCAUAUCCCUUCCAAAUAGGCCUUCAAGAUGCAACCUCCCCCAUUAUAGAGGAACUAACACACUUCCAUGACCAUACACUAAUAAUCGUAUUCCUAAUCAGUUCACUAGUACUUUAUAUUAUUUCAACUAUACUUACCACAAAACUAACGCAUACAAGCACAAUAGAUGCCCAAGAAGUAGAGACGGUAUGAACGAUCUUGCCAGCUAUUAUUUUAAUUAUAAUUGCCCUACCCUCAUUACGAAUCCUCUAUAUCAUAGAUGAAAUCAACAAUCCUUCACUAACCGUAAAAACUAUAGGACACCAAUGAUAUUGAACCUACGAAUAUACUGAUUAUGAAGACCUAAGUUUUGACUCCUACAUAAUUCCUACGCAAGAACUAAAGCCCGGUGAACUUCGACUAUUAGAAGUAGAUAACCGAGUUGUGUUACCCAUAGAAAUAACAGUUCGCAUACUAAUCUCAUCAGAAGAUGUACUCCACUCAUGAGCCGUGCCGUCCCUAGGACUAAAAACCGAUGCUAUCCCAGGACGAUUAAAUCAAACCACUUUAAUAGCCAUGCGACCAGGACUAUACUAUGGACAAUGCUCAGAGAUCUGUGGCUCCAACCAUAGUUUUAUGCCCAUCGUUAUUGAAUCCGUACCAUUAUCUUGCUUCGAGAAAUGGUCUGCCUCAAUGCUUCAAU